GAUCAGAUUCCACAAUUCCGCGUGAAUAAAUAGGAAGAAAAGGGGCCAGAAUUCCACAUUCUAGGGUUUGCGGAGCAAGUGUAAAGAUGAUUGAGGUGGUAUUGAACGAUCGACUGGGGAAGAAGGUCCGCGUCAAGUGCAACGACGACGACACGAUCGGCGACCUUAAGAAGCUUGUGGCGGCGCAGACGGGGACUCGCGCCGACAAGAUCAGAAUCCAGAAAUGGUACACCGUCUACAAGGACCAUAUCACCCUCAAGGACUACGAGAUCCACGACGGAAUGGGCCUUGAGCUCUAUUACAACUAGUCCCCAAUCCUCUCUGACGGAUGAGGGAUAUAUAUUUCUCCAGCUCUGCACUUGAAGAAUGAAUGGAGGUUAUCAUCAUGUAUAUUUUCCUAAGCUUUUGAGGCUAUUACUCUUUAAAAAUGUAUAAAUUGAUGACCAUGCGUACCAAUCCUAUUACGCAAGUAUUGCCCUUGACUACCUUGUAUUCAAUGACUGAUUUGGUAUCUUCUGCUAUUAGUACCAUAAAUGACAUGUGAUUGGUGUGUUAGUUUUCUUUAUCAAUGAUAUUCUGUCUUAGUGUUCA